AUGGCGGACAAAGACAACCUGGUUUACAAAGCCAAACUAGCCGAACAGGCAGAGCGCUAUGACGAGAUGGUGGAUUCCAUGAAGAACGUUGCGUUCACGCCGGCGGAACUGACGGUGGAGGAGAGGAACCUUCUGUCUGUGGCCUAUAAGAACGUGAUCGGAGCCCGGAGAGCCUCGUGGAGGAUACUCAGCAGCCUGGAGCAGAAGGAGCAGGCCAAGGGAGUCGAGGAGAAGCUCAAUAUGAUCCGGGACUACAGGAAAACGGUGGAGAAGGAGCUCAAGGACAUCUGUGAGGACAUUAUGACCGUCCUCGUCAAACACCUCAUUCCAAACGCCACGUCUGGAGAGUCCAAAGUCUUCUACUACAAAAUGAAAGGAGACUACCACCGGUACCUGGCCGAGUUCACGGUGGGAAACGACCGCAAGGAGAGCGCAGAGAACAGUCUGGUGGCGUACAAAGCAGCCAGCGACAUCGCCAUGAUCGAGCUGCCCUCCACACACCCCAUCCGCCUCGGCCUCGCCCUCAACUUCUCAGUCUUCUAUUACGAGAUCCUCAACUCGCCGGACCGCGCCUGCACUUUGGCGAAGCAGGCCUUUGACGACGCCAUCGCGGAGCUGGACUCUCUGAACGAAGAGAGCUACAAGGACUCGACACUCAUCAUGCAGCUGCUACGGGACAACCUGACGCUGUGGACCUCCGACAUGCAGGGAGACGAGGAGCCGGCCAAGGAGACUUUGCAGGACGCAGAGGAGGAAGCCCAGUGA